GGGGGGCAAAUUAAAUUAAUUGAAGAAUAGAAGAAGACCAAUCUCUCUCUCUCUCUCUCUCUCUCGUCAAAGGCAGGGAAAUGAAAUGAAAUAAAAUUACCGAAAAAAAAAAUGGAUUUAAUGCUGACGUGCCAUUUCUUUACGGCCACAACAACUAUAAAAGGAGAUGCAAAAUGGAAUGCCAGAUAGCAACCUCCUACCAAUUUCUCCAAAAUCUCUCACUCCCACCAUUUUUUUUUUUUUUUCCUUCAGAGACUUUUCCUUGGAAUCUCAGAAUUCUUUUUUCUGUCUCUCUUUUGUAAUCGGUUCCUUGUUCUCCUGUUAAUUCUCUUCUUUCUUCUAUAACAAAAAUCUUUGCCUUUGAUCUCCCCAAAAUAUACAUACAGAAAUGAAGCUACUCUCAAAGAAAGCCACAUGCAAUUCCCACGGACAAGACUCAUCGUACUUCUUAGGAUGGCAAGAGUAUGAGAAGAACCCAUAUGAUGAAGUCAAGAAUCCCACCGGAAUCAUUCAGAUGGGUCUUGCAGAGAAUCAGCUAUCCUUUGAUUUACUUGAGUCUUGGCUGGCGGAAAACCCGGAUGCCAGUAGCUUCAAGAGAAAUGGAGAGUCCAUAUUCAGGGAGCUGGCUCUUUUCCAAGACUAUCAUGGCCUGCCUGCAUUCAAAAAGGCGUUGGCUGAGUUCAUGGAAGAAAUCCGAGGAAACAAAGCCAGCUUUGAUCCCAACAAUCUGGUCUUAACCGCGGGAGCCACUUCAGCCAACGAGACCCUCAUGUUCUGCUUAGCUGAAGCCGGCGACGCUUUCCUCCUUCCCACUCCUUAUUACCCUGGGUAAGUCGUCCGAGCUACUAAUAAUUGAUUAUAUUACAAUUUUCCAAAAAAAAAAAAAAAAGUCGCUUUCCCGUAGUAUAUAUACUACACUAUUUGUCACGUGCCCCAUGGCUAAUGAAAUAAAUGCAAAAACCACAUUAUGCAGAUUUGAUAGGGACCUCAAGUGGAGAACUGGGGUUGAAAUUGUUCCAAUUCAGUGCCACAGCUCUAAUAAUUUCCAAAUCACCGAAUCCGCCCUGGAGGAAGCUUACAACCAGGCCCGAAAGCAGAAUCUUCGAGUCAAAGGCGUUCUGGUGACGAACCCGUCAAACCCAUUGGGCACAACAUUGACCCGCAACGAACUCAAUCUCCUCGUCAGUUUCGUGGACUCCAAGAAUAUCCACCUCAUCAGCGAUGAGAUAUACUCCGGCACUGUUUUUAACACCCCGGGUUUCGUCAGCGUGAUGGAAGUUUUAUCGGACCGAAACUUGGCCAACACUCCAGUCUGGGAUCGGGUCCACGUUGUUUACAGCCUUUCCAAAGAUCUGGGACUUCCCGGUUUUCGAGUUGGAGCUAUUUAUUCCAACGACAACAUGGUUGUGGCUGCAGCGACGAAGAUGUCGAGCUUCGGGUUGGUUUCAUCCCAGACUCAGUACUUACUCUCCGCCAUGCUUUCGGACAAGAAGUUCACCAAAUAUUACGUGUCCGAGAAUCAGAGACGGCUGAAGAACCGGCAUGCGAAGCUGGUCAAAGGUCUGGAAAGCGCGGGAAUUAAGUGCCUGGAAAGCAAUGCGGGUUUGUUUUGCUGGGUUGACAUGAGGCAUCUGUUACGGAACAACAAGAGCUUUGACUCGGAGAUGGAGCUGUGGAAAAAGAUAGUGUACGAGGUCGGGUUAAAUAUCUCGCCCGGGUCAUCGUGCCAUUGUACCGAACCGGGUUGGUUUCGUGUGUGCUUUGCCAACAUGUCGGAAGAAACGCUGGAGCUGGCCAUCCAAAGGAUAAAGGAUUUUGUUCUGAUGGCAACCGCCACCAAAUUAUCGCCAACCAAAAUUAAUCAUCAUCCUAGUCAUCAUCAUCAUCAUCAUCAUCAUCAUCUCUGUCGUUCUUCCAACAAGAAUUCAGGACGAAAGUCUUCUUCUCUCACUAAGUGGGUUUUUCGGCUGUCGUUUCAUGACCGUGGUGAAAAUGAACGAUAAGUCUGGAGGCUGGUCUUUCCUCGUCCUGGGCUCUCUUGUGUCUGAACGCAUAGUCCAUCCAUCCCUUAAUUUGACCCCCAUCAUAUCUUCUUUAAUUUUUUUUACAAAUUUUUAUUUUUUUUACUCAAUAUUCAUAUAUGUUGAGUUUAAGGUACAAAUUUUGUAUCCAGUAUAUUAGUAUUAUAUAUGUAGAGAGAAAAAGAGAUUAAUUAGUGAGAGUGCACUCUAUCCCCAUGUGGAUGGUAGUGGUUAAUUAUUACUACUUGCUUCAUUUAUUUUUGUAAAAUCUAUUGAAGUCUUCCCAGAUAUAUUAAUUUGUUAUCAUUGUUGCUUAA